AUGGACGCGUCAAUGGCUACGUUCCAGGCGCGACUUGCAACAUUCCAAGGAGCACCUGCCGCAAAGACGAGACGCUCCAGUUCACGUUCGAAGAAGGCUGCGCCAAAAGCAAAGGCAGCAUGGCCAUUGGCAGCACCGAGUGCAGAAGAUCUGGCCUUCGCUGGAUUCGUAUGGAGGCCCACGUCAGUCAGCCCAGACAACGUCCAGUGCUGGGCCUGCAACUGCCAGCUCGAUGGCUGGGAAGAGGCCGACGUCCCUGCAUAUGAGCAUCUCACACAUUCACCCAGCUGUGGUUUUGCUGUUGUCACUACUAUCCGACUUCGCCAUGGAGAUCCCGGCAGAACCGAAGAAGAUCCGAUCAGUGAGCGGAUGAUCGCUGCACGUAAAGAGACAUUCGGCGAUCUGUGGCCCCUCGACGUCAGCGCUGGCUACCCUUCGGUCGAUCAAUUAGCUGAAGCAGGCUGGUUCUAUGAUCCAACAGAGGAGACCCCGGAUGGUGCGACAUGCGCCUACUGUCACCUGUCCCUAGACGCCUGGGACGCAGGAGAUGACCCACUUGAGGAGCAUCGUCGUCGAGCAUCGGACUGUCUCUUCUUUGCACUCAGCGAACUGUAUCACCCAGUCGCACCAGAGCCCAAGAAAGCAAAGCGCGUCACGAAAGGAAAGCGGGCGUCUAGCCGUUCGUCCAUCGCCAGCAAUGCUACUUCUACGACAGCCCCACAGAAGAAAGCUACACGAGGAAAGACUCGAGCCAGCGAGGCGAUUGACGACACGCAGAUGUCUGACACAACGGCCUCAAAGAAGAAAGCUACACGUGGAAGAAAGCGUGCUAGCGAAGCUGUUGACGAAACGCAAAUGUCGGAGACAGUAGCGCCUAAGAAGAAGGCUACCCGUGGCAAGAAGGCCGCCACCGAGUCUAUGGAUGAUACACAAAUGUCCGAGGCAACGACUCGCGGCACGCGAGGAAGGAAGCCCGCUAGUGAAGCCAUCGAUGACACUCAGCUAUCCAAGGCGACCACUCGAGGAAGGAAGCGCGCGAGCGAGGCGAUUGACGACACCCACCUGUCCAAGGCGACAACCCGCGGAAAGAAGCGCAUCAGCGAGGCAACCGAUGACUCCGAAUUGCCCAAGGCUAAGCCCCGUGGCAAGAAGCGUACCAGUGAAGCCAUUGAGGAUGACAUGCAGAUGUCUGACAUCCACCAUGACCCCCCCAAGCGUAUGCGUUUCUCAAGCAUGUCCAGUUUCCCAGAUGACCUUGACGUCGGCACUCCUAAGAAUCAGCCCACGACGGAAACGGUCACCGAGCCCUUCACCAUGUCAAGCCUGCCAGGAAGCGUGCUAGCUGGUACACCUAAGCGAACACCGGCUCAUAUGAAGGAGGCCGCAGUUACCAAGACCCCUUCUCGCAAGCAGGUUGAAGACGACGAGAACAACGGCUGGAAGCCAACCGACAUGGACGCAUUCUUCGGCAACCAGGAAGAGGUACAGGGCUUCUUCAACGGGGUUCUGGUCGAUGCCGGUUUGGACGAGCUCACCGCAACUGGAACCACACCAAAGCAGAUCCAGGCUGCAGUGUUGGCUGCUCUGACGGACGAGGAGAAGGCGAUGACGAUUGAGCAGUGGGUCAUGUAUAACGCACAGCGAGGAGAGGAGAAGUUGCGCAAGGCAUGCGAGCAGCAGAUUGCAGCAUUCCGCGCGGAGGGCAAGCGUGCUUUGGCACAGCUGCAGGCCAUUCCCACAUAUUAG